AUAAAUGUUCAAAGUUGCCGUGUGUGCAUUGUUAGUACUUGCCUCAACAGCCAUUAAUGUCUAAUCCUCAAUUUGGACAAGCAAAGACCAAAAAGCUUUCGCUUAGAUUCACUAAUCUGGUUGGGGUAAAUUCAUCUUGAACUUUGCUGAACUCCAUUUAACAACAGGAGGUAUCCUUUCUGAGCUUAACUCUGAGAUUGAAAAACUCGUAUAUAUAAUGAGUUAAUAUGUUUAUAGGUUGAUGAAAUGGAAGAGGAAUUAGCUGGAGUUCAUCAUGAAUUCAACAGAAGAACAGAUGUCCACAAUAGAGAAGUUGCCAGACUCGAAUAAGAAAUCUAAGACAAGGAAAGAGGUAUAUUAUAGGUUUAACUAUUUCCUUAGAAUUGUUCAAUGCCCACGAUUUCUAUGACAACGUCCUCAUCCCAUAAGGAGAAAGAUUUGCUGCCUAACUUGAAUAAUUAUAAGAAAACAUCGUUUAAAACAGAAGAACCCUUGAAUAAGCUACAGUCUAAAGAGCCAAUGAUCAUGAAACAUUUGAAGCUUAAGUUGUUGAACACAAUGAUGCUAUUGCUGCUAUUGACGAAUGCUUAUAAUUAUUGAGCACAUUAGAAGCCCCAUCUCUUGCUUAAGUCAAGAAAGUCUAAAAGAAUUUGGCUAAAAUCUAAAACUCAUUGAAAAAGCACAACUAAUUCCAAAUCUUUGUUAAAGUCUUAUUGGAAAUCACAUCUGACUCCAACUUUGCUGACUAAGGAGCUCUUAGAGAUGUAAUGUUUAAAAUAAUAUUCUUUAGAUUGUUGUUGCCUUCAAUAAUUUAAGAGUUGAAUUAGUUGAUUCACUCAAUUAAAUCACUGCUGAUGAAGCUGACUAAGUUGCUGAAUUCAAUGCUUAAGUUAUUUAAUUGAACUAAGAACAUGCUGAAUUCUAAAGAGCUGUUGUUGUUAAGAAUGCUGAAAUCGAAGCCAACACAAGUAUACAUUCUAAUCUAACAACAAAUAGCCAAAUAAGAAUAAACUCUUGAAUUAAUCGAUGAACUUGAUGCUGAUUUGGCUACCCUCAAUGGAUAAUUAUAAGCUGAAAACGAUGACUAUGCCUUUGCCACUGAUGUUUAUAAUGCCACCGUUGCUGAAUAUAACAAGGAAAUUAAUGCUGCCAAUUAAGCUUUAGAGUUGCUCAACCAACCAAGAUUCCAAGACUAUGUUAAAUCAUAACUCAAGGGAGCAUGAUCUAUUUCCAAAAUAUAAAAUAUAUCAAAGCAUAGAAAUUAUUAUAAU